UACGAAUCGAUUCUUUUUGGAAUCGACCGUUGAGGCAAUAAGGGUAGUUCGUUGGCGAUAGGUUAACUUCAAAUAUUAUCUGUAUUAAUUAACCACCGAGAAAUAAUUAAUGAAGAUGACUGACAAUGGCUCAGCUGGAAAACAGAGUAAGGAUUUUGGUCGUGAGACUUUACAGCUCAGUAAAGACUUAGAAAGGAUUACAGAACAGAUGGAGAAUAUUUCAGUACAUUUGACUUGGAUGGCAUACGACAUGGUGGUACUGCGGACCGAUCCUCAACUUUCUAAGUCUCUUAAGAGACUGGAGGAUGAAUACCUACAGUGUAAAGCUGUUAUUAGUGGAAAUGAUCUUACUGUUCAGAAUGGAGUUGAAGACCAGAAGACGAUGCCAGUGUAGACACCGAUUUGUUUACCAUGUGUAUUAUGGUAAAUGUUUGUCGUCAAACCUCAGUUCAUACUGGUGGUUAGUGAGGGUAAAGCAAAAUGUCUGCAGUAUGAAUGAGUAAAUUGCAAGACAAAUACACAUACCAGUUUGUUGUUGUAAAACUUAAAUGUUACUGUUAAUUACAGAUUGUACCUACUUACUGGUUUACUUUAAGGCAGUUUCUCACACAAAGUGAAAUGUAAGUUAUGUCGAAAUAAAUAAAAGACUUAAAAAGAGA